CAGUAGUAGCGCUGUGGAUGACAACGCAUCUGUGUCAAAUUUCCAAAUUUUUAACACCAUCCUUCGAGGAUUGGCUGAUUGUGUUGCUUCCCAUGGAGGUGGUUUAGUGGACUUGAAAACAAGCAGAGAGGCUAUUAUCGUGCUAGCCUUCCUUGCAUCAUCGGGCCAAUCCGGUUUUGAAAUCUUUAUUGCUCACAGGAUCUCUACAAGAGAUGUAAACUAUCUUAUGUCGAUUUUGCAAUUACUGGUAUCUGAGAUGGACCGUGAAGCCGGAUCCCACAAUGAACUGCCAGAAAUUUUUAAAGAGAGGACAUUUCUUAUGCGGGAGAUACUGAUAUUACUUAAUAGACUAGUAUCAAGUCCAUCAUAUUCUACCACUGUUUUGCGCGAGUUAACAGACACCAGGGAUAUGGCUAGUUUGACAGUUGAUGUUACAACCAGAUUGUCACGGAAAGGAAAUGAAAGUGAGCAGCAGCAAGAGAGCAUGGUGAAGCAAGUAAGACGAAAUGAAAUCGUUGACCUUGCUCGCCUAUUCAAGAAAAGGGUAUUCACGUAAUUACGAUCUAGGGAAAGUCUCCUUUCAGUCCACAUGUUCACUUUUUUUGUACAUAUAUGCAUGCAUAGUGAGAUGCAGAUAGGCAGCAAAGAUAUGCUAGUCUUUUUGAGAGCCGAGUUCAUCUUUAUUUCUUAAAAGAAAUAGAGUUCAUUAUUAUAGUUUUAGGCCGAAAAAUCUAUAGUAAUGGAGAACUACAUUUCUUUUGAAAAAUGAAGAGGAUCUCUACCAUUUUUGAAGGAUUGCUUACACGUCAUGUUUGGAGUAGUUUCGGGAGUUGCACCUGAGCUGAGGGGAAAUUUUGAUUGGCAUGAUGGAUAUAUCUCCAUUCAAUUUCUGUAUAAGUGGAAGACUUAUUUUUCAUGAUUCAUGGUCUGAGCUAAUGAUAUCUCAGUGUUUCUAAA